GUCUCCGACCAAUCUAAAUCUCCUUCGGAAACAGGCUCUGCACUUACCAGUCAUGCUUCUUCAACAACUGGCAAAACAGUGACGUACGACUGGAAACUGGAGUGGAUGAUCGCUGCACCAAACGGAUAUGCUCGCCCGGUAAUCGGCGUUAAUGGUCAAUGGUAUGUCCACUUUGAUCUUCAUCUGGUAACAGGUGUGACUAAUUUCUCACAGNNGCCAUGUCCAUCUAUCGAUGUCAUGCAAGGAGAUCGCGUGGUUGUCAAUGUCUACAACGGCCUGGGAAACGAAAGCACGUCGCUUCACUGGCACGGAAUACAUCAGAGAGGCACGAAUCACAUGGAUGGGCCAAGCGGAGCAACGCAAUGCCCGAUAGCCCCUGGCCAGAGUUUCACAUANCGACUGGAUCGUAAGUUGGCCGACCAAGCAGGCACAUACUGGUGGCAUUCUCAUAACAUGGGUCAAUACCCCGAUGGCCUUUGGGGCCCACUCAUCGUUCGCGAUCCCAACCCGCCUUUCCACUACGAUGAAGAACUUAUAAUUACUCUUUCGGAUUGGUACAAUGAGCAAAUGCCUUACAUAAUCCAUCAGUAUCAAUCUGCUGAUGGUGCGGCGGAAGAUGGUACUCCUGAUCCAUCAGGAGGUGCCUUGAUCAAUUCUGGCGUAAAUGUCUCAAUUCAUGUCAAACCAAGCACGACUUAUCUGGUUCGAAUCAUCUGCCCAGCUGCUUUCAGUGGUCACGGUUGGGUUUUCGAUGGUCACAAUCAAACGACGGUUGAAGUCGACGGUGUAUACACGGUGCCUGUCGUUGUCACUGCUGGAGGCAANAAUGUUCGAAUCGCUCCUGGACAGAGACAGUCAUUCUUGAUGAGGACCAAAGAUGACACAAGCAAGAAUUAUGCUAUCCUUGACUUCAUGGACCCUAACAUGUUGUUCAUCAACAAAGGGCAGACGCCCACCCCAACCUAUCCUCUCAACGCGACCGCCUGGUUGGUUUACAACACUAGUGCAGACUACCCACCGCCACCUGUUCUGUAUAACCUCGGGAAUGACGACUUCUUUGAUGAUGUAAAUUAUGUUCCAUUGGACAAAGAACCUCUUCUCGAACCAGUCGAUCGACAGUUGGUCAUCGAUAUGUCCAUGGAGAACAUAACAGGCAUCUCAAGAUACAUUUUGAACGGCCACACAUACCUAGGUGCCAAAGUGCCGACAUUGUACACGACUCUUACUGUCAACGAGACUGAGGCAUCCAACCCAGAUAUGUAUGGAGACAUCAAUCCUUACGUGUUCAAGUACGGCGAAGUCGUCGAAGUGGUCAUGAACAACCUGCACUCCAACCUCUUCCAAGUCAUCGAAAGAUCGGACCCCAAAGCUGGUUCAUUCAGUGGAUCAUACUCGAAGUUGCCACCCACACCCAUCAGACGAGACACGAUCAUGGUUCAGAACGAGGGCUAUGCUGUCGUCAGAUUCAGGGCCGACAAUCCAGGUAUCUGGCUCUUCCACUGCCACAUUGAGCUGCACGUCGAAGCUGGCUUUACCGCUACCUUCAUAGAAGCUCCGGAAAAACUCGCUGCCAGUGAUUUUACCCUUCCAGCAGAUCAUAUCAACGCCUGCAAGACUUAUCCUAUGGAUUACGUAGGCAAUGCUGCUGGCAACGAAUACAAUGCUCUGAACUUGACAGGUGCACUCACCACGGUGCCAACGGUUGCAUGGGGUGCAAUCUAUCCGCCUAUCGAGGACGAAGCCCACAGU